GUCUAUUUUACACGUUUCGGCUUUGAACAUUGCAUAAUGGCUUCGAACGCCGGUCUAUUAUUGGGUGAACAUGUAUGGAUUGCUCCAGAGAAAAAUGGUGAAUUUGAUGUUGCUAUUGGUGGCAUUGUCAAGCUCUCAGACUCUGGUCAGAUUAUUAUUGUUGAUGAUGAAGGACAAGAGCACUGGCUGAACACAAAGGAUGCUGGUGCGAUCAAGACAAUGCAUCCAUCAAGCAUUCAAGGAGUUCAAGACAUGAUUCAGUUGGAUGACCUUCAUGAAGCUGGUAUGCUUCACAAUCUUUACAUUAGAUAUUAUCAACAUAAUAUUUACACAUAUACGGGAUCCAUAUUGGUUGCUGUCAAUCCAUAUCAACUAUAUCCUAUCUAUAAUGCCGAAUACAUACAGAAAUAUCAAAAUCAAAAGAUUGGAGAACUUCCACCGCACAUAUUUGCUGUUGCAGACAAUGCGUAUCGUAUCAUGAUGUGCGAAAAACGCAACCAAUGUCUUCUUGUUAGUGGCGAGAGUGGUGCAGGAAAAACAGAGUCGACCAAACUAAUUCUUCAAUUCUUGGCAGCUGUAAGUGGUCAGCAUUCUUGGAUCGAGCAGCAAAUUUUGGAAGCCAAUCCAAUAAUGGAAGCAUUUGGAAAUGCAAAAACAGUAAGAAACGAUAAUUCCAGUCGGUUUGGAAAAUACAUCGACGUAUAUUUUGACAAAUAUGGAGUUAUCAAAGGAGCAAAAAUAGAGCAGUAUUUGUUAGAGAAAUCCAGAAUUGUAUAUCAGAUGGACGACGAAAGAAACUAUCAUAUAUUCUAUCGAAUGCUCGCCGGCAUGAAGGCCGAGGAAAAAGAAAGGUUAGGCUUGACAUGUGCUGAGGACUACUAUUAUCUCACUCAAGGGGAUUGUACAACAUGCCCUGAUAUGGAUGAGGCAGAAGAGUUUGCCAUUAUAAGAGGUGCAAUGAAGGUGCUGUAUUUUACUGAUGAUCACUGCUGGCAAAUCUUUAAACUCCUAGCAGCCAUACUUCAUUUUGGGAAUCUUGAAUUAAAACCUGCGAUGUCUAAAAACCUUGACGCCACCAUUAUCGAAGACGGGGAACUCCUUGAAACGAUCGCUCUCCUACUCGAGGUUCCUGUGAAAAGGCUAGUUGAUGCACUGACCGUUAGAUCCACAAUCGUUUGUGGUGAACGCAUUUACUCGCCUCUCAGUGCGGUUAAAUCUGUGAAUGUUCGAGAUGCCUUAGUGAAAGGCAUCUAUGGAAAAGUGUUCGUUUCGAUUAUCAGCAAAAUCAAUGCUGUCAUUUAUGAGGACACGACUGCCACUGAAGGCAUUUUAUCAAUUGGUGUUCUUGAUAUUUUUGGCUUUGAAAAUUUCGGAAAGAACAGUUUCGAACAAUUGUGUAUCAAUUAUGCAAACGAAAACAUUCAGCAAUUUUUUGUCCGACACAUUUUCAAGUUGGAACAAGAUCAUUAUGAUCAAGAGGGCAUCAAAUGGCAGCACAUUUCGUUUGUUGAUAACCAAGACAUUCUUGAUAUGCUUGGGCAAAAACCAAUGAACAUCAUAUCAUUAAUUGAUGAAGAAUCCCGUUUUCCAAAGGGAACAGAUCAAACCAUGCUGAACAAACUUGUCAAUAAUCAUGGAACAAGAAAAAACGGUCAUUUUGUUCCUGCAUUGAGCCAGUCUGACACAAGAUUUGGUAUCAAUCAUUUUGCAGGCUUAGUUACCUACGAAAGCAAUGGCUUUUUGGACAAAAACAGAGACUCAUUCAACGCCGACUUGCUUGAAUUGGUCUUGACCAGCAAAUCUGAUUUUUUGUACAAUUUAUUUUCUGGACAGAAAGCAAAGGGAGAUGAAACGCGUAAACGUUCUCCGUCACUUGGUGCUCAGUUCAAAAAGUCUCUGGAUUCUCUUAUGAAGACUCUUCAAGCUUGCCAUCCAUUUUUUGUGAGAUGCAUUAAGCCCAACAAUUUCAAGAAACCUAUGAUGUUCGACAGAGAAUUGUGUUGUCGUCAAUUACGUUAUUCAGGAAUGAUGGAGACCAUCAAAAUUCGUCGACAAGGAUACCCAAUUCGUCACAAGUAUGAUGAUUUUGUCCAUCGAUAUUAUCUUCUGCUGAAAGGAAUGACGGCAAAAGAAAGUAAUAAAAAAAAGGCAACCAAAACGAUUGUUUCUAUGAUGUUGCCAAAUGAAGAUUGGCAGAUGGGAAAAACGAAAAUUUUCCUCAAGGAUGUUCAUAACGUAAUGCUAGGAAAAUGUCGUGAUAUGGUGAUGACAAAACAAGCGGUCGUCAUUCAGAAAGUCUUUCGUGGUUAUUGCUUCAGAAAACGCUUCCUUCAGUUGAAGUUUUCGGCUGUUGUCGUGCAAAGAGUGUACAGGGCACGAAUAGAAAGACUUCGUUUUAUCCGUCUUCGCCGCGGUAUUGCUCGACUACAGGCUGUUUACAGGGCGCAAUGUUUGUCCAAUAAAUUCAACCUUCUUCGUGAAAGACUUAUCAUCUUGCAAAGCUUCUGUCGUGGGUACAUUUGUAGAGUAAAAAUUCGCCAACGUAUCAAUGCAGUUGUUACCAUUCAAACAGGCUGGCGACGUGUUCUCGCCAAACAAAAAGCUGAAGCAAUACGAAGACAGAGAAAGCGAAAGUUAGAAGCAGAAAGAAUAGCUCGUGAAGAAGAAAAGCGUCUGAGACAUGAAAAAGGGAAAAAAGCAGCUAAACGAGAGGCUGAAAAACUAUAUAACGAACGCAUUCAUGUGAUUGAACAAAGCGAAAAUGAAAUGAAUUUGCAACGAGCGAGGGAAGCAAAAGAGAAAACCGAACAUGUGAUGAAGCUGGAGGAAUCUGCGAAAAUACGUCGUGAACAAGAUGUAAAUGAUUCGACUAUGAUUGAUGAAAUUUUUGGUUAUUUGGGCGAAAACGACGAUCAAGAAAGUGAAACAUCCACAUCAUAUUUCCAGGACCUUGAAAUCAACCAACAACCGAAAAUAGCAUCAGAUCAUAUGAAGAUGACAACUGAUGAUCAUCGAAAGGACGAAGAUUUGUCACAGUACGUCUUUUCGAAAUUUGCUUCAACGUACUUCCAGUCUGCAACACAUGCACAUAUCAAGCAAAACCUUCGUCAGCCUCUGUUACCAAUGGCAUACGAAGGGGACUCGAUGUCGUGCUUGGCUAUUUGGAUAACCAUUUUGCGUUUUAUGAACGACAUGCCUGAGCCAAAAGACAACAAUUACACGAAGGAGUCAGGUGAACGUGUUAUGAAAAGAAUCUAUGACACUCUUGGGCGAAGGUCUGCCGGACAGCGUCAGAACGAGGACGAUUCAAGUCGUGGAACAGCUCGAAAAAGAUUAGCUACGCUAACGCUGAAAAGAAAAUCCAAGAUAACGAAAGAUGUGACUGCAAUAGUCAGUGAAGACAACACUCCUGAAUCACAUGGUCCCCUCUCUGCUUUUGAUAAACCAACUUCAAACUUGAAAAAGCUUCAUUUUAUUAUUGGACAUGGAAUUUUACGGCCUGAGUUGAGAGACGAGAUUUACUGCCAGAUUUGCAAGCAAUUGACAGAAAAUCCGAACAAGGUCAGCCAUGCUCGUGGAUGGAUUUUACUUUCGUUAUGUGUUGGUUGCUUUUGUCCAACUGAGAAACUCUUCAAGUAUUUGAGAAACUUCAUCCGUAACGGUCCACCUGAUUAUGCUCCUUAUUGCGAAGAACGUCUUCUGAGAACGAGACAAAAUGGAACUAGAAAAGAGCCUCCCAGCUGGCUUGAAUUACGAGCGACAAAAUCAAAGAAGCAAAUGAUCUUACCAAUUGCAUUCAUGGAUGGUACCACAAAAACGCUGUAUGCUGACUCCGCCACAACUGCUAAAGAGCUAUGUGAACAACUUGCCGAAAAAGCAAAUAUUGCCUCUUCAUUCGGAUUCUCAAUUUACAUUUCUGUGUAUGAAAAGUUUGCAAGCUUGGGUAGUAAUAAAGAGCACGUAAUGGAUGCAAUAUCUUAUUGCGAGCAAUAUGCGAAAGAAUUUGGAAAACACGAGAGAGAUGCUCCAUGGAGAUUGAUUUUCCGCAAAGAAAUAUUCUCACCUUGGGAUAAUUCACACGAGGACAUAAUAGCCACAAAUUUAAUCUACAAGCAAAUUGUGAGGGGUGUGAAAUUUGAAGAAUAUAAAUUCUCAACCGAAGAAGAACUUGCUGAGCUAGCAGCUAUACAGUGCUAUAUUGACUUAAAUCAAGACUUUUCCAAAGGUCGCUUCAAUGCAGCACUUCAUUCGUACAUUCCCGACAAAUAUAUGCAGACGUCAAGUGGACAAGAAAAGUGGAGGCAUUUAGUUGAAGAUGCUUACUCGAAAAAUAAAUCCAUUAAAGAUAAAGUUAACGCUCAUACAAUUAAAGGUCACGUUGUUGAAACUGCUCGCUUGCGUUGGUCAAUGCUUUUUUCGCGAUUUUAUGAAGCCAAUCAACUUUCUGGUUCAUCUCUUGCACAGCAGAAUAUUAUUAUAGCAGUGAACUGGACUGGCGUGUACGUUCUUAAUAAAGAAGACUCUGUACUAUUAGAGUUGCAGUUUGCCAAAAUUACAGGAGUGCUAAGCAACAGUGAUAAAACAAGUUUCACCAUUUCGACCAUAAAAGGUGAGGACUUUACCUUCACUUCAACAUCGUGUGAAGAUAUUAUCGAACUCAUCACGUACUUCCUCGAUGGUUUACGAGCUCGAUCAAAAUAUGUGGUAGCCAAGAUGGAUUGCGACAUUCCAGGUGAAAAUACGAACUUUCUGUCAUUUAAAAAGAAUGAUUUGAUCGUUCUGCAAGAUAACGAGACUGGUGCCUCCUUUACCAACUCUGAAUGGUGCAAAGGUUUAUGCGAGAGAACUGAUUUGUCUGGUGAUCUGUCCGCUGAGUCUGUGUAUGUGCUACCCAUUUUAAGCAAACCAACUGCUGAUAUCAUGGCACAAUUCGAAGAACAGAGUAAAGAAAGGACAGAAGAAAUACUUUCAUCAGCUUAUCCCACGCUCCAUUUGAGGGAAAAAGACACUGCAGGGAGCCCUUAUACGCUAGAAGAAUAUUCUAAAGAGCACUUCACUGUUCAACCUGCACGAGCUGUUCGCCGAGUUAUGUGGGCAUUUCAAAAGGAACCUAUCAAGCAGCCAUUGCUUCAAAGACUUAUUGGAAAGGAAGAUUUGUCUUAUAAGGCUACGCAGGCGUUUUUAAACAUCUUAAAAUUCAUGGGAGAUUAUCCAUCAAAAAGAACAAGUGUAACUACCGAACUAACAGAUGAGAUCUUUGAACCUCCUUUGAACUCCGAACCAAUGAGAGAUGAGAUUUAUUGCCAAAUCAUCAAACAACUUACUGCAAAUAAAAUCAGUACCAGUGAAAAACGGGGAUGGCAGUUGAUGUGGCUGUGUACUGGGCUGUUUGCCUGUAGCAAUCAACUUCUUAAGUAUGUCAUUUCAAUCCUCAAGUCAUGGAUGGAAAUCCAGCCGAUUGCAAAAGAAUGUAUCCUGCGUUUACAAAAAACUAUUAGAAUUGGUCAACGAAAGUAUCCACCCCACUUUAUUGAAGUUGAAGCAUGUAAAAGACAAGAAAAAGACGUAUACCACAGAAUAUAUUUCCCAAAUAAUGGAAGUCAGGCAUGUAAAGUUGACUCAGGAACGAAAGCUAAAGAUUUGUGCGCAUCAAUUGCGCAAAAUUUAAGACUUAACUCAUACGAUGGAUUUAGUCUAUUUGUACAAAUAGCUGAUAAAGUAAUCAGUGUUCCCGAAGGCGAUUUCUUUUUUGAUUUUAUAAGUCACUUGAUGAAGUGGCUCAAGAAAACGAUAGAUGCAUCUGGCACUAUAAAAGAUUUUAAAGUGGAUGCAAACCCAUCUAUCCGUUAUCAAGUAUUUUUUAUGAAGAAACUUUGGACCAACACCAUACCUGGAAAAGAUCCGGCAGCUGACUGCAUUUUCCAUUACCAUCAGGAGCUUCCAAAAUAUCUACGAGGUUACCACAAGUGUUCAAGUGCAGAUGCUACUCAGCUUGCUGCUCUCAUUUACAGAGUAAAAUUCGGAAAUGAUAAAUCUCAGUUUUCAAAAAUUAAUCAAAUGCUGGAUCAGUUGAUUCCAAAGAAUGUUCAUAGUGCGCAAGGUGCGAUGACUCAGGACAACUGGAAAAGGGCAAUUGUUGCUGCAUAUAACAAACACCAAGGCAAAACACAGAAUGAAGCAAAAAUUUCCUUUCUGAAGAUUAUUUAUCGGUGGCCAACUUUUGGUUCUGCAUUCUUUGAAGUCAAGCAAACAACGGAGCCUCGUUUUCCAGAGUUUUUGAUUAUUGUGAUUAACAAAAAUGGUGCGAGUCUCAUUCACAAAGAUACUAAGGAAAUUCUUGAAACGUAUCCGUUUUCAAAGAUCUCCAAUUGGAGCAGUGGUAAUACAUAUUUCCAUAUGACGAUCGGAAGCCUUGUGAAAGGAAGUAAAUUCCUUUGCGAAACAUCUUUGGGCUACAAAAUGGACGAUCUUCUUACCUCGUAUUUAUCGACAAUGCUGACAAAUAUCAACAAAGGCAAUCCCAAUACAGUUGUUAGUAGAAGGCCUGUUGUGAAUGUGUAUGGUGAAAAUACGAACUUUCUGUCAUUUAAAAAGAAUGAUUUGAUCAUUCUGCAAGAUAACGAGACUGGUGCCUCCUUUACCAAUUUUGGAUGCUGCAAAGAUUUAUGCGAGAGAACUGAUUUGUCUGGUGAUCUGUCUGCUGAUGUCAUGGCACAAUUCGAAGAACAGAGCAAAGAAAGGAAAGAAGAAAUAUUUUCGUCAGCUUAUCCCACGCUCCAUUUGAGGGGAAAAGACACUGCAGGGAGCCCUUAUACGCUAGAAGAAUAUUCUAAAGAGCACUUCACUGUUCAACCUGCACAAGCUGUUCGCCAAGUUAUGUGGGCAUUUCAAAAGAAACCUAUCAAGCAGCCAUUGCUUCAAAGACUUAUUGAUAAGAAGGAUUUGUCUUAUAAGGCUACGCAGGCGUUUUUAAACAUCUUAAAAUUCAUGGGAGAUUAUCCAUCAAAAAGAACAAGUGUAACUACCGAACUAACAGAUGAGAUCUUUGAACCUCCUUUGAACUCCGAACCAAUGAGAGAUGAGAUUUAUUGCCAAAUCAUCAAACAACUUACUGCAAAUAAAAUCAGUACCAGUGAAAAACGGGGAUGGCAGUUGAUGUGGCUGUGUACUGGGCUGUUUGCCUGUAGCAAUCAACUUCUUAAGUAUGUCAUUUCAAUCCUCAAGUCAUGGAUGGAAAUCCAGCCGAUUGCAAAAGAAUGUAUCCUGCGUUUACAAAAAACUAUUAGAAUUGGUCAACGAAAGUAUCCACCCCACUUUAUUGAAGUCGAAGCAUGUAAAAGACAAGAAAAAGACGUAUACCACAGAAUAUAUUUCCCAAAUAAUGAAAGCCAGGCAUGUAAAGUUGACUCAGGAACGAAAGCUAAAGAUUUGUGCGCAUCAAUUGCGCAAAAUUUAAGACUUAACUCAUACGAUGGAUUUAGUCUAUUUGCACAAAUAGCAGAUAAAGUAAUCAGCGUUCCCGAAGGGGAUUUCUUUUUUGAUUUUAUAAGUCACUGGAUGAAGUGGCUCAAGAAAACGAUAGAUGCAUCUGGCACUAUAAAAGAUUUUAAAGUGGAUGCAAACCCAUCUAUCAGUUAUCAAGUAUUUUUUAUGAAGAAACUUUGGACCAACACCAUACCUGGAAAAGAUCCGGCAGCUGACUGCAUUUUCCAUUACCAUCAGGAGCUUCCAAAAUAUCUACGAGGUUACCACAAGUGUUCAAGUGCAGAUGCUACUCAGCUUGCUGCUCUCAUUUACAGAGUGAAAUUCGGAAAUGAUAAAUCUCAGUUUUCAAAAAUUAAUCAAUGCUUGAUCAGUUGAUUCCAAAGAAUGUUCAUAGUGCGCAAGGUGCGAUGACUCAGGACAACUGGAAAAGGGCAAUUGUUGCUGCAUAUAACAAACACCAAGCAAACAACGGAGCCUCGUUUUCCAGAGUUUUUAAUUAUUGUGAUUAACAAAAA